AAUUAUUCUAUGCAUACUGUGACUUGCUUGUAUUAUUGUAAAAGUCAUUCGCUAUAAUACAACUUAUAUUAAUAAGCUUUUGUAUUAAUGUUAAUUGGUCUCAUUUUUGAAACCUAAAAUUAUGAAUGACCAUGACAAUAUUCGGGAACAUGUUCUCAAACUGAUGAAGCAGAAGGAAAAUAUAGAAAAUGAAAUCCGGGAACUUAGUUCUCUUUUAUCUAAAAAUGGUGUUGGCAUGAAUGAUCCACUUGUAGAUGAGGAGGGCUUUCCAGUAAAUUCGAUUGACAUAUAUCAAGUAAGACAUGCGAGACACAGGAUAAUAUGUCUGCAGAACGAUCAUAAAAAUAUCAUGGCACAAAUAGAAAAUGGUUUACAUGAUUACUACUCAAUUUUUUCCGAUAAUGAUGUCCACGAAUCACCAAUGAAUACAAGCAGCUGCCACACAGAUGUAAUUCAUGUGGUUCCAUUUGCACGAGUUACCUUAGUAAGUGAAGAAUCACCUUCAAAGGAUGCAGGCAUACAAGCAAAUGAUGAAAUUGUAGAGUUUGGGUCAGUCAAUUCCACAAAUUUCAAAGACAUUACUGAUAUUGCUUUGGUAGUACAACAUUCAGAAGGAAAUCAAAUAUCAGUAAAAUUGAAAAGAGGUGACCAUUUUCGUACAGUUGUACUGGUACCUAAGAAGUGGUCUGGAAAAGGACUUUUGGGCUGUAACAUUGUUGCCUUGUAAAUGUUUCUAUUUGGUUAUUAUUAUUUAAUCAUUAUUUUACCCCUUUGACUUGUUUAAAUAUAUGUAUUUUUUUUA